AUGGACAAACCGCCUCCAAAUAUAGUAGCCCAGAGCUCCACCAUAAUCAACGGCUGGGGAAAACCCUACAACCCAAAAACGGCGUCACCCAACAACAUCUCGUUCAUGGCCUCCUUAAUCUCCAUCUCCGUCUACGUGUCCUUGGUCUAUAUCUGCCACAUCUCCCCUUCCCAGCUCCUCCGCAACCCCAGCUUCUGGUGGGUCAUCUCCAACACCUUGGUCCUCAUCAUCGCCGCCGACUACGCCUCCGUACAACCUUGUCAUGAUCACGACGACUCCUACGAGAUCAUGAGACGUACAUCCGUCCGCACCCGAUUCCCUCCCGCCAACGUGGCCCCCACCGCCGCAGCCGCUCCCCUCCCGCCCAUUCCGCCCCCGGAGCUCGUGACCAAGGAACAGGCCGCGACGUUGUUGGCGCCUUUCCCGAGGAGGACGCUGACGCGUCGGAACAGCACGCCGGAAGCCGCGCGUGCAUUGGCGAGGAGGCUCGUUUGCAACGAGAAGAACGUCGAUGAGAGCAGAAACGUCGUCCGGAGAUUCGAGAAGAUAGUUGUCACCACCCCACCGGAGGAGGAGGAAGAAGAAGAUUCCGGCCACCGUCACGAGGAAGACAGCGAUGGCGAUGAUGAUAGCGAGUAUGCGAAGCUGUCGACGGAGGAACUCAACAAACGCGUGGAGGAUUUCAUUCAGAGGUUUAACACGCAAAUCCGGCUCCAGAACCAGGCUUGUGAUUACGGGGAGCUAAUUCCUUCCUUAAUUAAUCAAUAA